GACCGGACCCUGGAGAAGAGCGGCUGGUUCUGCGCUGGUUCUGCGCGGGUCGGCGGGCGCCCGACAGCCCCUGGGCGGCCACCCAGCAUCGCACAGACCCAGCCCCGCCCUGCGCCAGGCUCCACCCCAGCCAAGGACCCUCCACACCACCAGCAUGGACUGCUGCACCGAGAGCGCCUGCUCCAAGCCAGACGAUGACAUUCUAGACAUCCCCCUGGACGACCCCGGUGCCAACGCGGCUGCUGCCAAAAUCCAGGCGAGUUUCCGGGGCCACAUGGCACGGAAGAAGAUCAAGAGCGGAGAGUGUGGCCGGAAGGGGCCAGGCCCAGGGGGGCCAGGUGGAGCUGGGGGCGCCCGGGGAGGCACGGGCGGUGGCCCCAGCGGAGACUAGGCCAGAACUGAACAUUUUCCAAGUUCCCGAGGAGAGAUGGAUGCCGCGACCCCUUCGCAGUGACGAGACUUUCCUACCGUGUUUGUGACCCCCCCUCCCACCCCUUCCCACCCACCUGCCAGCUUCAGGAGCCCCCUCCCCCCCGCCCCACCCCCAGAGACUCCCCCUUCGCCCCGGAGUCGCCUCGUCCGUCCGUGCCCUUCGAGUUCGCUCUCCAGGUUAGCGUUGGUCCUCACUCGCCCUCCCCACCCGCCCCCCGCCCUGAAGCCCCACGUGCCCCGGGACUGUCCUUUCCCUGCUUCUCGCCCACCUCUCCCCGCCCCCUCCCCCCCCCAC